AUGUCUUCGAAUUUGAGAAAGAGAUCCGUCGUCUCCUCGUUCAUUUGCACGCCGCCGAACUCCCCUUCUGGAUUCACCUUUGCUCUAUUCAAACGGAGUCAGGAUGUCUCAACAUAUCGUGGCAAAUGGGCUGUUUGCUCCGGCUCAAUUGACAAGACCGAUUUGAGUCCCGCUGCUGCAGCGAAGCGUGAAAUCCUGGAAGAAACCCAACUUUCAGACUGCGAUAUCUCGCUACUUCGAAGAGGUAGACCAUUCAGUCUCAUCGAUGAAGCUCUCCAAACGGAAUGGACCAUUCACCCCUUUGCUUGGCAGCUGAAGGAAGGUGCAAACCAGAUCAAAUUUGACUGGGAACAUAUCGAGUUCAAGUUCAUCAAGCCUGAAGAUCUCAGCUCCUAUGAUCAUGUACCCCAGUUGGAAGUUGGCCUGGAAAGGGUGGUUGUUAGCCCAAUGACACAGAAGGCAUUGACGGCUCUCAGGAAUGAUCAUGAAAGUGGAGCUCAAGCAUUAGCCUUGAAAGCUCUAGAUUUCUUAUUGGAAGCUGCCAGAAGUGAAGAACUUGCAGGUAUCUGGUCAAGUGAGGAAUACUGGAAGGAAUUGAGAUGGAGAGCUUGGCAUUUGGCAAAGAAUGGAAGACCAAGUAUGGCUGCUGCAAUCGAAUCCAGUAUUCUCAACGCUUUGGAAGAUAUAGAGAGUCAUGUUUCAGAAGAUGGCGGUGGGAAGAUUGCAACAUGCUCACUCUCAAGACUCACAAGUAUUAUCGAAUCCGUCAUAUCUUCGAAACUGGAUUCGGGAGCAUCCAAUCUGGAUCCCAUAGCAAGGAGCUUUACAGAUCUCAUUCUUCCAGAGACGAAGGGCUCGGAUAAAGAAUCUCGAACUAGCAUGAAUAUCACCACGAUAUCAGCAUCAGGGACGGUGAGAACCGGAUUGCUGCGUGCGAUACCACAACUCAUAGCGCAGGGCAUCGCGGUCAAACUUACUGUCUUGGAAUCGAGACCAAACUUUGAAGGUGCCUCCUUUGUCAACACUCUUCUCGACCAAUUCCAAGGCGAUUCAGACAUUCUCAACAAGCUGAAGUUCGAGAUCGUCUCUGAUGCCAGUGUUGCUAACGCUGUCAAAGAUGCGCAUUUCGUGGUCUUCGGAGGUGACAAGGUUAUACCGAAUGGCGAUGUCAGUAACAAGAUCGGAUCAUUCAGUUUAGCAGCCAUUGCCAAGACGGUAAGUCCAGCUUGCAAAGUCGUUGCAAUGUUCGAGACAAACAAGAUCACCGGAUCUGGCUUCGACUCCGAAUAUCUUGCCGUCGAAGAGAAUGAUCCAGAUGAGAUCAUCAAUGCUUGGCCAUUAGUGCUUCAAUCAGAUCUAUACAUGAAAGAAACAUUGGGAGCUCAAGUGAAGGUCAAAAAUGAGUAUUUCGAGUGGGUACCAGCAAGGUUUGUCGACCACUAUAUCACUGAAAAGGGUUUGUGGGGAGUGGAGGAAAUUGCAAAGGCCGCAGCGGAAUUGGAGGAGCGUGAGAAGAGGCUCUUUGGGGAAUUGUGA